AUGUUCAGAGAGGAGCGUUUAAGAGAUGGCAAUGAAGCAAAGGCCACUUCUCAGAGCGCCGCGCCGCUUCUGGUACCCAAGGAAGAGCCGCAGUCGCCAUCCGCUGGUGGGAAAGCCCCCGGCAAACAGCUGGCCACCAAAGCUGCCCGGAAAAGCGCUCCCUCGACCGGCCGGGUGAAGAAACCUCAUCGCUGCAGGCCCGGCACCGCGGCGCUCAGAGAGAUUCGUCGUUAUCAGAAAUCGACUGAGCUGCUCAUUCGGAAGCUGCCUUUCCAGACGUUGGUGAGGGAGAUCGCCCAGGAUUUCAAAACCGACUUGAGGUUUCAGAGUGCGGCCAUCGGUGCGCUUCAGGAGGCUAGUGAAGCGCACCUGGUGGGUUUGUUUGAAGAUACUAAUCUGUGUGCCAUCCACGCUGAGAGUGUCACCAUCAUGCCCAAAGACAUCCAGUUGGCUCGCCGGAUACGGGGAGAGAGAGCUUAAGUGAAGGCAGUUUUUAUGGUGUUUUGUAGUAAAUUCUGUAAAAUA